CUUGUGAAACAACACAACUAAACCAAUAGAACCCUUAUCUAAAACCCUGUAUUCAUGUUUUAAGAACCCAGCCCUGAAGUGACUCGGUGAUAACAAGGUACAGCUAUUAACAGAUAGAUAAUGGCAGGCAAAGGCAGUCUUGGCUCUGUUGUCACCAUGACUUCUAAACACCUUGGUAAAGGCUCGGUUUGUCCUCCCCUGGCUAAAGGAGUUCUUCGUUGUUAUACUAUGAAGUACUGUCCUUAUGCUCAGAGAACACACCUUGUAUUGGCUGCCAAAAACAUUAAACAUGAAGUUGUUUACGUCAACUUGAAGACAAAACCAGAUUGGCUGUUUGAGAAGAACCCGCGAGGCAAGGUCCCGAUUCUCGAGUACAACGGUCGGCUGUUGUCCGAGUCGCUGGUGACGUGUGACUACUUAGAUGAAGCUUACCCUAAUCCCCCACUGUACCCAGCCGACCCCUGGAAGAAAGCGCAGGAUCGAGUCUUUGUUGAGCUCUGGUCGCAGGUAACUCGGCCUCUGUUCAGAUUGUUCUAUUCAAGAGGAGAAGGAGAUGAAGAGUUUGUGUCAAAAGAGUGCAGUGACUUCAAGGCUGGUCUUGGUGUGUUUGAGAAGGAACUGACCAAAAGAGGCACACGUUUCUUUGGUGGAGAUACACCUGGUAUGUUGGAUUACAUGAUUUGGCCGUGGGCAGAGAGACUUCCCCUGGCAGAACUAAUCGCUGGAGAAGCAGGUGUUGUCUCCCGAGAGUGUUUCCCUAAAAUGGUGACGUGGAUCAAGGAGAUGAUGCGGGACUCCUCUGUGAAGGCGACAUAUCUGCCACCUGAAGUUCAUGCAAACUUUUUAACUACUUUUGACCCAGAUGACCUGAGGCUCAAGAGUUAUUUGUAACUCCAGUAGUGGACAUAAAUUUGAAGUAGUACCUCUUUUUGUUUUGGAAACCUUGAGACCUGUUGAUGUGGUGCUGUUUAAACUUUAUAUUUUAAAAAUGUAACAAAAUUUUAAGUAUAUUGGAUAUAUAGCUGUAUGUAUGUAGUACAGUACAGUAUACACAAUCAAAGAAGUACAGUAUCUUUAUGAAUGGAUCUGAUAAAAUUCUCAAUGAACACUGCGACUCCUGUUGUCUCGGUAGGGUUGUCAAAAUCCUUCGAUCAUUCUCAUAUUGUCUGACACAAAAUUGUAAAGGUACUUUAUUGAUUGUGUGUAUCUGUAUACUGUACUGGGUAUACUGUAUAUUGUUUAUUAGAUUUUGUAUAACUGUUGUAAGUACUAUACUGUAUGUACUUUAUAAUCACAUUCAUAGGUAUCCACUUCAUAGAGUACAGUACUGUACAGUACAGAAUGUGGUGACCAGAUUUUCUUGUCUACAGGUGGUGAAGGGCAAUCAGAAAUAUUAAAAGUAAAUUUAUAUAUGAUGUUGAUGCAAGAAGAAAAAAAGUGUUAACGAAACUGGUGGACAAACACACUACAGGGAGGUGACAGCCACCAGUGUGCCCUAUACCUUUAUGGGUUGAGAUACAGUACUGUGAUAUUUCCUGUAUAAUUUGACUUACUGUGUGGUUUAGUACUAUCAGGUGUACAAGACUAUUGUUAAUGGUUGUUGUAUGGAAAGUUGGACAUUAUGUUAAUCUAUAUAGAGAUUUGGUAUUUAUAAUGAACUUGCUUAUACACUAGUUAUAUAUAGUUAUAUUUUUUGUUGGGGAGUGAGUGUGAAUACAAUACAGCCUUCACAAGAGAAACAAUUUUGAUGUAUGAAUCAUGAGAAAAUGUAACCGAUGCACAGAAAAAUGCAUCAAAUCAAUAAACACCACUCAUAAAGUCUUAUAUUUUAUACUAGACAAAAUAUCUUCUUGUAGGGCUUGUCGCAGUUUUCGUAUUCCUACCUUAUAUGUGUGUCAGGCUGGUAAAUAUUCAGGAAUAAUUUUACGUGGUAUUUUUUUGUAUACUAGAAUAAAGUACAAUAAUUAUUUUGUA